AUGAAGCUUUGCGAUGGAUCGAUCCAAUCAGCGGUUUUGAAGGUGCGAGGUUGGCCGUGGUGGAGCGUGAUAUUGGCGGUUGAAGAAGGGCAGCCAAUUAGAAAAGUUGGCGAGUAUCGUCGGUCGGUACUCGGUGUCGCGUGUGUUUGUGCUAGUGUGGAUUGGUACGCAGGAUAUGAGCAGCUUGUCAAGCGCAACCUGACUCUGCUCCCCCAUCAAGAGGCAGCGCAGCAGCAGGAGCCGCAGUCGCAAGAGCUGGCUCAGCAGCAACAGACUGAUAUAAUGACGUCCAUGUUCGAACAACAAAUUAAAAGCGAACCCAUGGGGUUUUAUUCUGUUGCUUCCAGCCGGUCUGAUGGUUCCAACUCGAUGGUGAACUUGUCGGACGACCGUGAGGACCUUUCGCAGCAAGAGGGUCACCUGCAGGCCCAGCAACAGACCACGCUGCAAUUGAGUCAGCAACAACAGCAGGGCCAGCAGCAGCAGCAGCAGCAGCAGCAAAGCCAGCAACAACAGAGUCAACAACAGCAAACGCAACAGGGUCAACAACAGCAGCAGAGUCAAAGCGUGCAGCAGCAGCAGCAGCAGCAGCAGCAAGAAGUUCCAAGCCGUCAGUCGACCGGGCAACAAACGGUCAAAGAGGGCUCGAGGUCGAAGCCACAGCCUUGCAAGGUAUGCGGCAAGGUGCUAUCCUCUGCUUCGUCGUACUAUGUACACAUGAAGCUUCAUUCGGGCAACAAACCAUAUCAUUGUACGGUGUGCGAAGCAAGUUUCUGCCGUAAGCCGUAUUUGGAAGUGCACAUGAGGACGCACACAGGAGAACGGCCCUUCCAAUGUGAGCUGUGCUUGAAAAGGUUUACUCAGAAGAGCAGUCUUAAUACUCAUAAGCGGGUACAUACGGGAGAGAGGCCGUAUGCCUGCGACAUUUGUCAGAAACGUUUCGCAGUGAAAAGCUACGUGACGGCACACCGUUGGAGUCACGUUGCCGAAAAGCCGUUGGUGUGCGACAGAUGUUCCCUCACGUUCACGUCGAAGAGUUCGUUUGCAAUACACAUUCGUACCCAUACAGCAAGCACCACGUACGAGUGCAACAUAUGCGGACGUACGUUCGUACGCGACAGUUAUCUCAUACGACACCAAAAUCGAGUACAUCGCGAUAUGAGUCAGAGCAGUAGCAAUCACAACCCGGCGACGCCGCAGAGUACCGGUGACGGGACGCCGGGCACAGGCUUCGAGAGUCCAGUUUGCGAUUUACGGUACAGCGAGGGACCUUCCACGUUGGACGGCAUAGCAGGUUCGAAAGGAGGGAUCGCUGCUGAGAUCGCGAGUCUAGCCAAGCAAAAUAAUCUUCAACUUCCUCUGCCGUUGCUGCAUCCGCAGACCACCAACUACUCGCUGGACAGCCUCAAUUCCCAACUCUACCCGCAAAUGUCGUCCCCCGUUGACACGUCGGAAUCGCAUCAUCAGCCGCAUCAUCAACCGCACCAUCAACCGCAUCAGCAGCAGCUGCAUCGCGGCAUCCAUCCGCAAGGGGUCCUGCAUCUCUACGCUCAGUACUCGACCACCAGCAACUCUCCCAUCUCGUACCCCGAAUACAUUCAACGCAACAAUGAGUAAGUCUAUGCCAGUUUAUGCCAGCAGUUACGAUUUUUACCACGAACCGAGUGAGACGGACUCCUCGAUCGCGUCUCGUUUAAUUUGGUGCUGGUUGAACAAAGUGCCUAAAGAGCAUCCGCUUUCUGCAUCACGACGGAUGCUUACUCGUAAUUGUCGAUUAACGACUUACCAUUUACCACUCACCACCUAUCACCAUUUACCAUUUACCAUUUUACCAUUUUACCAUUUUACCAUUUUACCAUUUAUCAUU